GCAUGCGCAGACGUUUCUCAGUCUGUUGACAAAUGUGUCCAAGACCUCUGUCCCGUUGAAGAUCUGUACUCUAAAUGUAAUAAAAUGUAACUUUGCUGGACUCUUCUGGACCAGGUGUUGACUCGGGUGGGUUCUUCAUGAACUUGUGAGCGCGGGCUCUAAUCAACCAUGCUGAAAUGGUUUUCUGGGGAAGAGGGAGAGCCCGGCUCCUCUGGCGCCGGCUCCCCUCGCGGCGCUGCAGCCGCUGCAGGUUCUGUUGGCGCUGCAGAACUUCCUGUGGAGGAAAUGGCGGAGCGGCUGAUCCAGAUGGAGCAGCUCGUCUCCCAACUGAAGGAGCUGAUCCGGGAAAAAGACGCAACGCUUCGCUCCAAAGACGACCAGCUCAAGGGGGAGAAGGAGGCGUGUGAGGCCAAGCUGUCUAAGCUCCGCCUCCAGAACAAGGCCAAGGUGACGUCUCUGACAUCACAGCUGGAGGAGCUGAAGAAACGGCAGGGAGAAUCUGGAACGCCGACUCACAGCAAGAAGGGUUCUUCAGAGGGAGGAGGAGAGCAGGCCAGUCGGGGGAAGAUCGUCCUGCUGAAGAAGAAGGUGGAGGAACUGGAGCAGCAGCUUUCUCUGAAAGAGGGAGAACUGGAGAACAAGAGGAAGGAGCUGGAGGUUCAGCAGCAGCGAGGAGAGGAGAUGGACGCCAUGCUGACAGAGAGGGACAGGAGGCUGGCAGAAAAGGAGGCGUACAUCGUCCACCUGCAGACGGGACUGGCCGGAGAUCACCCUGUAGCUGCUGCACCUCAGCAGAAGGUGCUGGAGGUCGGCGGAGAGAUGCAGGAGCUGCAGCUGCUGGUGCAGAGCCUGACCAAGAAGGUAGAGGAGUCAGAGGAGCAUUACAGUCUGCUACUGGAGCAGACGGACAGCCUGAAGGAGCUGCUGGCCUCAGAGAAGGAGCAGUACAGCCAGAAGGAGAGCAUGUUCAAGCAGAACAUCCAGACGUUUAAAGACAUCAUCAUUCAGAAAGAUAAUCAGCUGAUGGAGAUCAACCAGAUGCACGAACAGGAGCUGUUCAGGCUGGCGGCCAAAUCAGACGCCAGCGCCGACCUGGAGCAGCUGCUGAAGGCUCUGAAGCAGAAGCUGCAUGAGAAGGAAGAGGUUCUGAACGGGAAGACGCAGGUCAUCGACGUGCUGCAGGGAGAGGUGGACGGCAGGGACCAGCAGAUCAAGGAGCUGACGGAGCGACUCCAGCGGCUGCAGGUGGAGCGGGAGAGCCUGGAGUCCAAGAUGGAGGCGGAGAAGCACGUGAUGCGAGCGCAGCUGCGGGACCUGAUGGAGAAGCACCAGGUAGAGCUGCAGCGGCUGAGCGCGCAGCAUCAGGACCAGAUGGAGCGACUCCAGACGGAGCUGCUGGGGCAGCUGGAGGAGCGCCACACAGCCUCGCCUGCAAUGGCGCCACCUGUCUGCCAGGAGGCCUCAGGAACCGGGAACCUGCCGACGGAUCCGGCCUCCGUCCAGAGGAUGGCGGAGCUGGAAGCUCAAGCAAAGCAAAAAACGGUAGAGGCCAGCAGGUCAGAGGCCAAGUUCCUGAAAAUGAAAGCUUGGUCCAAGUCUCGGAUCCGACAGCUGGAAGAGGAGCUGAAGAAAAGCCAGGCUGGCGCUGCUCCUCCGGACCUGACGGCGCUCCGGGGUCGGAUCACGGCUCUGGAGGAGGAGAGGGAGGAAAACCAGUGGAAGGUGGAUCAGUACGAGGAGCUGAAAGCGAAGAGCGAAAUGCUGGAGGCGAAGCUGGUGGUGUACGAGGAGCAGCAGAGGACGCUGCAGGCCGAGCUGGAGCAGUUCACCAAGAGGGCGGCCUCCCAGGCCAGUGAGUCCGGCAGCGCCGACGACACCCAGAGCAAGGUGCUGGAGUGGCAGGAGAUGGUGGCGGAGGCGGCGAGCGCCCGGGGCCGCGUCCGGGAGGAACGGGAGGAGAGGGCGGCCAUGGCGCUGCGGAUCAGCCACAUGGAGGAGGAGCGAGAGGCUCUGGCCACCCGGCAGCAGGAGUUGGAGGAGGAGCUGGCUCAAGCUCGGGGGCUGGGCCGACCCGGGGCCAAGAAGCUGCUAGCUCCGGCCCAUCGAAGCCUGCAGGAGGAUUUUGAGUUUGACGGACAGGCGUCCUUCCAGAACCCCGGCAGAACCUCGGAGAACACGACCCCGAUGGAGGGAGAGAACAUGGGAGGUUGGUGGCCCGAGUUCAGUACUCCCGACACAGACGGGUUGCGCUCCGUCGUGGAGGAGCUGGAGCUCGAGAGAAACCAGCUGCAGGAGCAGAUCCUGAGCCUGGAGGAGCGGUGCCAGGACCUGGAGGAACCGGGCUGCAGCUGCAGGCCCGGAUAG